GACAUGAUGAAAGUUUGUUAUCGGCACAAUCCGAUACUUGUACACACAUCACUACUGUCGCCGGUUAAUAGAGAAAAAAUUUUUCAGCAGUUCAGCAAAUUGAAGCAAUUGCGUGGCAAUGGCGAACAAUAACUAUGCCGGGUUCAACUACGGCGGCACCCAGUACAACACGGGACAGGUGACAUAUCCGGCCGUAACUAAUGCAACAUAUGCAAAUGCGGCUGCCUAUCAAAGUGCUGCUGUGGCUGCUGGCCAAGGGGGUGGUGGGUAUGCAGCGGCCGGUGCCGGUGCUGGUGCUGCUGGCUAUGGGGGCUAUGGUGACUAUCGUAGUGCCAUGCAGUCGUACGACGCAACCAAAACAUUCUACCAACAAGCACCGGCCAGCUACAACACGGCCUCAGCGGCAGCAGCAGCAGCAGCAGUUAGUAAGACACAUUAUUCGGCGCCGCCGGUAAAGAAUCCUAAUUCUACACAAAAGGGCAUGGGCAAAAUGGACAAAUCGAAUGGUACACCAAAGCCACCUCCAAAUGUCGCUGGAGGCAAUAGUUAUAGUGGCUAUGAUACGGCGAUCUACAAUGCGGCCAGCAUGUAUGUGGCACAACAGCAUCCGGGGUCGCAGCAGAAGCCAAACGGCGGCUCCAACAAUAGCUGGUAUCAACGAAAGAUGGGUCCGACAAUCCCUGGGGCAGUCGCAUUGCGUGGUAUGCGCCCAAAGGCUCCGCCACGACCACAGCAGCUGCAUUACUGCGAGGUAUGUAAAAUCUCAUGUGCCGGUCCCCAAACGUAUCGAGAGCAUUUGGAAGGACAGAAGCAUAAGAAGCGGGAGGCAUCACUGAAAAUGCAGGCGUCCGCUGCUAACAGCGCCCAGAAUCGUGGUAACAACUAUCACUGCGAACUGUGUGACGUCACCUGUACUGGCACCGAUGCCUAUGCGGCUCAUGUACGCGGCGCUAAGCAUCAGAAGGUAGUUAAGCUGCAUCAGAAACUGGGAAAGCCAAUACCUUCUGAUGAGCCCAAGAAAAUGGGAAAGAUUAACUUUGUGCCAGCUGCAGGGCCAAAUGCAACCACUGCAGCUGCUGCAGCAGCAGGAACCAAGUCUGAUCAAGCCGAAUCUGAUGCAACCGCAGGCGGUGGAGCAGCAACAGCAUCUGAAAAUAUGGAUGACAAUAUGGACGAUUCGAUGGGCGAGAACACGGACAACAUUAAGCCCGUGGGCGGCGAGUACAUUGAAGAGGUCAAGGACGAUGAGGGCAAAAUACUUAGCUUCAAUUGUAAGCUGUGCGAUUGCAAGUUCAACGAUCCGAAUGCCAAAGAGAUGCACAUGAAGGGCCGUCGCCAUCGCUUACAAUACAAGCGCAAAGUUCAGCCAGACUUAGUUGUCGAUUUUAAGCCCACACCGCGUCAGCGUCGUCUGGCCGAGGCGCGUGCCCAACGAGCGCUCAUGUCCUCACAUCGUGGUGAUGAGCAUGAAGGAGGCAACUACUGGGAUGAGCAGCGCAAUCGUCAAUACAAUGAAGAGUAUGACUAUAAUAAUUGGAUGUCCCGCAGCUUUGGAGGGGCCCAGCGCUUUGGUCGCAUGGGCAAUGGACCUCCGCCACACUUUGGCAUGAUGCCUGGCGGCGGAAAUGUGCGUCGUCCGGAGAGCACCGACGAUCGUCACGCUAUAGCGCGUCAUGCUGAAAUCUAUCCAAAGGAGGAAGAACUCCAGACUAUACAGCGCAUUGUGUCGCACACAGAACGCGCUCUUAAACUCGUCUCGGAUACUUUGGCUGAGCUGCCAACGCCAGCUGCGGGCAGUGAUAGCGAACCGGCCGCUAAAAAAGAGAAGGCCGAUAAAGCAUCGGAAAAGGAUGGACGAGAUAAUCAAAUAUUCUCAUUCCACAAAGAAGCCGACAAUGGUGGAAAUGUGGUGCGCAUCCUAAAGGGUGUCAUGCGUGUUGGCUUCUUAGCCAAGGGACUGCUGCUGCAUGGCGACACAGCGGUCGAACUGGUUGUUCUCUGUGCAGAGAAGCCAACGAUAAGUCUGCUGCAACGUGUGGCCAAUGUGCUACCCGAUAAGCUCAAGGAGGUUGCAGGUGAAACACCAGUCAACUAUCGCGUUGAGGUGAAUGCGGAUGAAGCUGCUGUAAUAGUGCUCGAUGAAGUGGUCGCUGUGAAGAUUACACUUACUUCGCCGCUGCUCCGUGAAACCGGCGAUCCCGUUUCGAAAUCCGAGGAUGGGGCAUCUACAUCUGCAGCUGCCGAAACAGACUUUCUGCCACGUGAGCCUUGUCUGCGGGCACUCGCCGAUUUACGGCAUGCCAAAUGGUUCCAGGCACGUGCUACCGGACUCCAAUCUUGUGUGAUGGUUAUUCGCAUAUUGCGCGAUCUUUGCCAGCGCGUUCCGUCGUGGCAAUCGCUACCACAAUGGUCGUUAGAGUUGCUAGUGGAAAAAGUUAUCUCAUCGGCUGGUUUCCCCAUCUCACCCGGUGACUGUUUGCGUCGAAUUAUGGAGGCUUUGUCUUCGGGCUUUUUAAUCAAUGGUCCCGGCCUGUUAGAUCCAUGUGAAAAGGAUCCAACCGAUGCUCUGCAGCAGCUCACCAAGCAGGAGCGUGAAGAUCUCACUGUGUCGGCACAGUUAUUCCUGCGUUACAUUGCUUUCCGUCAGAUGUUCAAAGUGCUUGGCAUGGAUCAACUGCCGGCCAUGAAGUAUCCAAUGCGCCCGUGGCGCAUUAAUCGCAAGCGACGCCGCUCAUCAGGCAAAGCUGGUGCACCCGGUGGUGAAACAGAUCCUGCCGACAUCGAGGAGACUGGCUCCGAUGAGAAAGUGGCUAAGAAGGAUAUAAGCGCAAGUGCUUCAACUGCCACAGCUUAAGUGCUAAGCAAUCAGCAAUAGGAAUACAUAACCGUCAGCAAAUAUAAUAUAACAAAUUUUUUCUCAAUCUAAUUGCGCUCUAAAAUGCGAUGAAUAAUAACUAUAACACUUUCACACUAAUUAAAGUUGGACACGAAUAUUGAUUGUGUCCAUUAAAUUGCCCUAUUUGAAAGCAACAAGAACAUUAAAUACAAUUCCCAUACUAACAAUAUUUAACUCAAAACAAUUAGUUGCAUUUUUCUAUACUAUGUAAAAAUUAAUGCAAAAUGUAAUCGAUUAGCCGUGGAGGCGUUGAUCCUCUAUAAACAUAAACUAUAAACAGUUGACUGCCUCCACACCGCGUUUCAAACAUUAAAAAA